GGGUUUGGGGUUUGUUGGCAGAACUGUGCAAUAGAUAGUAUCACGAAGAAACUCGUGGAUAUGGGGAAGACGCAGCCAGAAUUGCUACUAUACAACACUAUUACAAAGCAGAAGGAAGUGUUCAAGCCGAAGGAAGCUGGUAAGGCCGGAAUGUAUGUCUGCGGCGUCACAACCUACGAUUUCAGUCACAUUGGUCAUGCUCGUGCCUAUGUAGCUUUCGACAUUCUCUACAGAUAUCUAAAAUACUUGGGAUAUGAGGUUCUUUACGUGCGUAAUUUUACUGAUGUUGAUGACAAGAUUAUUAAGAGAGCGAAUGAACUUGGUGAGGAUCCAAUAGGUUUGAGUGGUCGGUUUUGUCAAGAAUUUCUUAAUGACAUGGUUGAUCUCAACUGCCUCAUGCCCCCCCAUCAGCCACGUGUUACAGAGCAUAUGGAUCAAAUAAAGGAAAUGAUAGGACAGUUUUCCAGAGUAUGGCAAAUUAUCUGGACGGAAACUAGAAGAUAACUGAGCUGGUGAACGAGUUGCUGUUGAUUCUAGGAAGAGAAAUCCAGCUGACUUUGCCUUAUGGAAGGCAGCGAAGCCUGGUGAACCAAGUUGGGAAAGCCCAUGGGGUCAUGGAAGGCCAGGGUGGCAUAUAGAAUGCAGUGCUAUGAGUUCUCAUUAUUUAACUCACACAUUUGAUAUUCAUGGUGGUGGUAUGGAUUUGAUAUUUCCUCAUCAUGAAAAUGAGAUUGCUCAAAGCUGUGCUGCCUGCCCUGACAGUAAAGUGAACUAUUGGAUGCACAAUGGAUUUGUUACUGCAAACGAUGAAAAAAUGUCAAAAUCAGUUGGAAAUUUCUUCACAAUCCGUGAGGUUACCAAGCUUUACCAUCCCCUUGCCUUGAGAUAUUUCCUGAUGGGGACACACUACCGUUCUCCUGUCAAUUAUGCGAUUUCACAGAUAGAAAUUGCUUCAGAAUCUGUGUUCUAUAUAUACCAGACCUUACAAGAUUGUAAAGAAGCCACUUCAAAGAUGCAAAAUGGUGUUGAUACAAGCGGUGGUAAUAAAGCAGGCCAUCUUUGUUCAACCGAUGCUAAAAAGUGCAUAGAAAAUCUGCGUAAUGAGUUUGAGUCAAGACUCUCUGAUGAUUUACACACACCUUCUAUAUUAAAUGCUGCUCUUCAAGAAGUCUUGAGAGUCAUGAAUGGUGGUUCAUUGAACACGCUGAAGAAGCAGAAAAAGCAACAGCAACAACAACUUUUGUAUGAUGAUAUUAUGGACUUGGAGAAAGAAGUGAGGACAGUGCUGGAUGUUCUGGGAUUGCUAUCCAGUUUAAGCUAUUGUGAGGUGCACCCUCUGAACCCAUUGUGCUUGUCACAUGCGGGGUUGUGUUGCACGGGACCCACUCAUGAUGACAUCCUCCUGACUUAUUUGUUCCUUUUUUUACAGGUAUUGCAGCAAUUUAAAGAAAAAGCACUGAAAAGAGCAGAAUUGACGGAGGAUGAUAUUCUGGAGUCAAUUGGCGAUAGAGCAAAAGCAAGGGAAGAGAAGGACUACAGUAAAAGCGAUCAGAUAAGGAAAGAUUUGGCCUUAAAGGGCAUUGCCUUAAUGGAUGUUGGUAAUAAUGAAACAAUUUGGAGGCCUUGCGUACGACUAGAAGAAAGCAGUGCACAGCCUGCUGCUACAAUACCUACACGAGAGAAAGCAAGUGUGCAGCCUCAACAAGAUUAGACCCUUACCAACAGCAGAUGACAACACCUUUUUUGGUAUCGUUGUGAUGCUCUCAUUGUUAUGAGUGAAUGGUUUAUUAGAUAAUUUAUGACUAGGUGCCGUAUAUAUUAUAUAUACUCUGUUAUUUGAUUUGAGGUUUUUCCCUUUUUUGUUGAGGCUGUUAAAUGUAUGGCUUAGACAAAUUUAAAAGGAAUUUGAACUUGUAGAAACUGAAGAAAUUCGAGGGGCUUUUGUUUUACAGCUAGGCAUGGACACAAACAUGGUUCGUGGUCGAGACCAUCCGUUUUAAGCAGAAAUUGAACCUGUUGAUUGGACCUGAACCAAAACUGGUAACUGCUUAUUUUCCAAUCUGUUUCCUACAAAAUACUGCUGCUGUUUACCUUAUUUUUUAAAGAUUACUGAUCUAUUAGGAAAGAAAUCAGACCAGAAUCAGAUCUAGAACCAUUGAUCUGGAACUUGACUUGUUCUGAUCACUACAAGUCUACAAUACUAUAUUAAGGGGGACCAGAAGUCCUAAAUCGGCUCAUGUCUAUCCCUAUUUGCAAAACUAG